AUACCCAGAAAGCCACUGAAAGCUGGAAAACAGAACGCUUUCUACUCCCUAGAAGAAGAAGGUAUUUGAGCGUGAUCUAGGGGAGAAAUCUCCGCGGGCAGUAAGACAUUAAAGAUUAAAUUCAAGGAUAUUUUACCAUAUUUCUUUGUGGAUUGAAACUGACUAGAAGAAGAAGCGCCCUCUGGACUAAAUCAGAAAAAUGGAGAUGACACUAGCAAAAACGCCAGAGAACAGGCAAGUCCUUUUUUUUACUAUACUAUUGCUAUUAUGGAAGUCUUGUGCCGAUGCAAUUAUAUAUUCUAUACCAGAAGAAACAGAGAGUGGCUAUUUGGUGGCUAAUUUGGCAAAAGAUCUGGGGCUCCGAGUUGGAGAGCUGGCUAUUAGGGGGGCACGAAUCCAUUACAAAGGAAACAAAGAGCUCUUGCAGCUGGAUGCAGAGACUGGGAAUUUAUUCCUGAAGGAAAAACCAGACCGUGAGGUGCUGUGCAGGGCGACAGAACCCUGUGUGCUGCACUUCCAGAUCAUACUGGAAAACCCUGUGCAGUUCUUCCAAACUGAACUGCAGCUCACAGAUAUAAAUGACCACUCUCCAGAGUUCCCUGACCGGAAAAUGCUACUGAAAAUCCCUGAGAGCGCCCAGCCAGGGACAACGUUUCCUCUGAAGGCAGCCCAGGACCCUGACAUAGGGAGCAAUGCUGUUCAGAACUACACAGUCAGUCCCAACCUCCAUUUCCAUGUGGUUACUCUCAGUCGCUCAGAUGGCAGGAAAUACCCAGAGCUGGUGCUGGACAGAGCCCUGGACAGGGAGGAGCAGCCUGAACUCACUUUAAUCCUCACUGCUCUGGAUGGUGGAGCUCCACCCAGGUCAGGAACCACCGAAGUUCACAUUGAAGUCGUGGACAUCAAUGAUAACGCCCCCCAGUUUAUACAGUCACUCUAUGAGGUGCAGAUUCUUGAAAAUAGCCCCCUUGAUGCCUUAGUUGCCACAGUCUCUGCCAGGGAUUUAGAUGCUGGGAUAUAUGGCAAGGUAGCCUACUCUCUGUUUCAGGAUGAUGGAAUAUCUCAACCAUUUGUAAUAGAUGAAAUCACAGGAGAAAUUCGUCUUAAAGGGGCACUGGAUUUUGAGGCAACUCCGUAUUAUAACAUGGAAAUUGUAGCUACAGACCCAGGAGGCUUUUCAGGAAAAUGCACUGUGGUUAUCCAGGUGGUGGAUGUGAAUGACAAUGCCCCUAAGCUCACCAUAUCUUCACUCAAUAGUUCUAUCCCAGAAAAUGCUCCUGAGACUGUAGUGGCUGUUUUCAGUGUUUCUGAUCCGGAUUCUGGGGAAAAUGGAAGGAUGGUGUGUUCUAUUCAGAACGAACUUCCAUUUCUUUUGAAGUCCACAUUUGAGAACUAUUAUACUUUAGUAACAGAGGGGACACUUGAUAGAGAGAGCAAAGCUGAAUACAACAUUACUAUCUCCGUCACCGACCUGGGCACCCCCAGGCUCACAACCCAGCACACCAUAACAGUGCAGGUGUCUGACAUCAACGAUAAUGCCCCCACCUUCACCCGAACCUCCUACACCAUGUUCAUCCGGGAGAACAACAGCCCUGCCCUGCACAUUGGCACCAUCAGCGCCACAGACUCAGACGCAGGCUCCAAUGCCCACAUCACAUACUCGCUGCUGCCGCCCCAUGAUCCGCAGCUGACCCUCACCUCUCUUGUCUCCAUCAAUGAAGACAAUGGGCAGCUGUUCGCACUCAGGGCUCUGGACUAUGAGGCCCUGCGGGCCUUCGAGUUUCAUGUUCGCGCCACAGACCGUGGUUCACCCGCGCUUAGCAGCCAGGCUUUGGUACUCGUGGUGGUGCUGGACGACAAUGACAAUGAGCCCUUCGUGCUCUACCCGUUGCAGAACUCUUCUGCGCCCUGUAAGGAGCUAGUACCCAGAGCUGCGGAGGCAGGUUACUUAGUCACCAAGGUGGUGGCUGUGGACCGCGACUCUGGCCAGAAUGCCUGGCUGUCAUUCCAGUUACUCAAGGCCACGGAGCCCGGGCUGUUCAGCGUGUGGGCGCACAAUGGGGAGGUGCGCACCACCAGGCUGUUGAGUGAGCGAGAUGCACCCAAGCACAGGCUGCUGCUGGUGGUCAAGGACAAUGGGGAUCCUCCGCGCUCUGCCAGUGUCACACUGCAUGUGUUGCUGGUGGAUGGCUUCUCUCAGCCCUACCUGCCUUUGUCUGAAGUCGUGCAGGAUCCCGCUCAGGAAGGUGAUGACGCUCUCACGCUGUACUUGGUCAUUGCUUUGGCAUCUGUGUCUUCACUUUUCCUCAUUUCUGUUCUGCUCUUCGUUGGGAUGAAGCUGUGCAAGAGGGCCAGGUCGCCUUCUCUGGGUGUCUGCUCUGUGCCUGAGGGCCACUUUCCUGGCCACCUGGUGGAUGUUAGCGGAACUGGGACUCUGUCCCAGAGCUACCAGUAUGAGGUGUGUUUAUCGGGGGACUCUGGGACUGGUGAGUUCAAAUUCCUUAAACCCAUGAUCUCCAACUUAAUGGUUCAGGACCCUGAGAGAGAAGUGAAGGAAAGUCCGCACUGCAGGGAUAGCUUUGUAUUCAGUUAAUUGUAUGUUUUAGUGAAUUUGUUUUUGAUCAAUCUAUUGCAAUAUGGUUCUCUUAAGAAAGUGAAUCAUUUUAACUAAGUAUUAGCACUGUAGUCAAAGUGUAUGCAUGUCCUCCAUUACCAAAGUGUUUACUUAGUUCACAAUAUCCACUGUACUUAAUAUUUUUAAUUUUAGUAGAUAUUAAGGACACAACUUAUGUUUUGCUUUAGCUCAAGUAUUACACAAUAAAAUUUUAUGUCUUCUGGGUU